AUGGUUGACUCCCGCCGCCGACAGAUGCCUGUUCUGCUAAAUCACCCUACUCCACUUACUCCCAUUACCUCAGUUCCAUUCUUGGAUACCUACAUACCAACCUGGGGGCCCUUUGGAGAUAGGCCAGCUGUAGCUAUAUCUGAUCCGUACUUCCUUGCCCGCCCUUCGCAAUGGUCUAUUGAUCACCCCGGCAACUUCGCCUUCUGGUAUGGCUCCCAUUCCCGUAGAUGGCACAGGGGUCCCAUCGCAGGCAAGACGGUAGGCUGGUUGAGUUCGGUCGGAGAAGGGCUCAUCCAUGUCCCCAGAUAA